CGUCUCUUCGAUAUUUUUUCCCACGUAAUAAUAGAGAUUGGAAAAAAAAAAAAAAAAAUGGCAGAGAAAGGAGAGAGAAACGAGAUACUCCAAUGAAAACAUGAAGUUGCGUACCACCUAAUCUUAGCCUUUAUUCUUUCUCUUCUUCUAUUUGCUCUCCCUCUGCAGCACCCUCCAUCUACCUACGUCAGCUUUUACAUUCCUUUCCUUUUUUCCUUGGCUUUCUUUCUCUGCUUCCCUUUUUCUUCUUCUUCUUCUUCUUCAUUGCUCAUGAUUUUUGAUCCAUGCAUGGUUGAGUCUUAGAGAGCUAGCACUCCAUCACUACCUUUUUUCAAUGGCGGCUUAUUCGUCGAUUUUCAAUAAGUUCCUCUCCUUCUUCAUCAUCCUCGUUCACUUGGGUUGCUUCCUUUUCACCACCACCACCACCACCGACGACGGUAAAGAACGCCAUCACCAACCUUCAAAGAAACGGAAGCUCUCUGUGCGAUGUAAUUCCUCUCCCAACAACAAGACUACCCACAAAGCUUUCUCAUCUUCAUGGUCUUUUCUCAAGCGGAUCUUCUCCUCCAAAUCAUGUAAAUCCAGUAUCCAAACCCACCCAUCCACCCCCGCCCGAUCGUCCCAGCAUUCCAUCGUCUCCGUCGUACUACCCGAAACCGAUCCUAUCUCGGAUCCUUCACUCCGUAAAAAUUCAAGCACCGGGUCCUGUCCCGAAUCCGAUAUCUCAAGCCGAGACAACCUCUUCUUUCCUCUCCGGAACGAUAUUUUCCCUUGCACCACCUGCGGCGAGAUUUUCCAGAAACCUCAGCUUCUCGACCAACACCAAGCAGUCAAGCACGCAGUGUCAGAGCUCAUCGAUGGGGAUUCGGGUAAGAAUAUAGUCCAGAUCAUAUUCAAAACGGGUUGGACCGAUAAUAAACGGAGCCCGAUUAUUUCCCGGAUAUUGAAGAUCCACAACAGCCCGAAGAUACUGACCCGGUUCGAAGAGUACAGAGAGGCUGUUAAAGCCAAAGCCACGCGAAACGGCGCCGUACGGAAAAGAGACGAGAGGUGCAUCGCAGAUGGCAACGAGCUUCUGAGAUUCCACUGCUCGACAUUUCUCUGCGAUUUGGGGCAGAAAGGUAAUUCCAGCAUUUGCAACCAGCAGUACUGCAGCGUCUGCGGUAUUAUAAAAUCCGGAUUCUCACCCAAGUUGGACGGGAUUUCCACGCUAUCGACUAGCUGGAGAGCACACGUGGCGAUUCCGGAGGACAUCGAGGAGGAGUUCAAGUUCAUGAACGUGAAGAGGGCAAUGCUGGUUUGCCGGGUUGUGGCGGGUGGGAUCGGCAGCGAGUCGGACGAGGUGGAGAAAGAGGAUGGUGGGUUUGACUCGGUCUUUGGAAGGGGUGGGAGUGGGGUCCAUACGAGGUUAGAUGAGGACGAGCUCUUGGUGUUUAAUCCGAGGGCUGUGCUUCCUUGCUUUGUGAUUGUGUAUACUGUGUGAGCGUGAUAAUCAUGUGGUUCUCCUUUUUACUCUAUUAAAAAAGAAAAAAAAGAAAAGAAAAAAGAGACUUGUGCAUUUUAUGGUUUGUGGUGAUGAUGAUGAUGAUGUUUUUAGUGGUUCCCACACGUUUUGCUUGAUAUGCGACCCAAAAAUGUUGAUAGCCUUAUUACCACCAUAGGAUUAUGAUCGAAGGGUGUGUAGCUCGUGGGUCAUAUUUCAGGAACCCAUGCACUUGUCCCCGUGUUUAACAACCAUGGUAAGGUGGAAUGUCACAAAUCCUUUCCUAGAAUCCUAGUAAUUAGCAUCUUUAAGAGAUUUUUGCUA